AUGAAUCCGAACCCUCACGCCAACAGAAACGCUUUCAGUCGCGAGGACCCGCGCCCCAUCGUUGGUGGCUCCUAUUCUAGCAAUCACAUCGCAGUAGACCCGACAUCGGCCUUUGAGCUGCGCGCUGCAGCCGCCGCCGCCGACCCGUCUCUCACCUCUAGCGGCCACGCCGCUGCCAAGAACUGGCGGUACAUGGCCGCCGAGCAUCCCAUGAAUGUUCGCCCCCCAACGCUCAUGCAUUCUGCGCCUGUGUCUGCGCCUGUGUCUGCGCCUGUGCCUGUGCCUGUGUCUGCGCCUGCGCCUGCAUCUGUGUCUGCGCCUGCGCCUGCCCCCGCGCCACCGUCUGCUUCGGCGGCCGCCCCUCCUCCCGCACCGCAACCGCUCAUCUCCCGCCCUGUCUACCCUUUUCCAGACCUCGAUAAUGCCCGCCCCACUAGACUAGCAGCAGCAUUUCGUCUUGCCCAGACCGACCAGGAGCACUUUGACAAGGUGCAGGCACAUAUCCGCGAACAGACAUCCCGCAUUCUCGAUCGUGACAACCCUCUCACCAAACGCCACAUGUGUCAGACCCUCGAUAGCUGGAACACCCUCGUCGGUCACCAUUACCCCGGCCGUAUCGGAUAUGCCCUCUGGGAGACGCAGAUCGUCCUCAGAGAGGCUCGGAACUUCCUUAUGUCGCGUGUCUACUUCUCCAAAGGCCGUGACAGCACCCACGUCUGCGUCCAAACCCUCCGGGGCUGGGGCACCCACCUCAUUCGCUGCAUCCUCCGCUACGCGCAUGAUGAUAGCUCACAAGAAUGUACUGGCAUGUGGAUCCUGGUCAACCAGCGAUUGUUUCAAGGCAUCAAGGACCAAAUCAGCCAACGCAAGUCCUAUUUUUCUCUUCUUCUUGCUUGCCAGCUGACAGCACCAGUCGUCGAGGACUUUGACCUCACCCGCAUCGUCAAGCUGAAGAUUUAUUACGGCCGCGCUGAGGUCAAGCUGAUGAUCGAACAGGCUCUCAUCAACUCCAUGCACUCCCCCGCUGGCGAACGUUUGGUCGCCAUCCAGGAGAUCAUCAUUCUCCUCCUCGGCCUCAUACUAGGCCUCCGCCCAGGCAGCAUUGCCGCCACUUGCAAGGACUAUCUCCGACGAGGUUUGUUCGCAAAGACUGGUGACCUCAAACUCUACAAGGUCGGGCCCAUGUCUAUCAGGGCCGAGAUUACCAUCACAAACUUCAAGGGCUCCAAUGAUAUCACCGGGGAACGCAGAGUGUUCACGCUCAUGCCCACUAAGCAGUCCCACAACACGCUCUUUGAUCUCCCCAUGUGGUUGGCCAUCUACUGCUUUGGACGUGGGCUGCUUUCCUUCAAGACCUGGCCAGACCUGAUCAAGAGCCAGCAGUCGGAGAUCCCCAUUCUGGAUCCAAACCAGCCAUUAGUCCUUGCUGCCGCACCUGGCGGCAAGGGCUUGAUCCCCGGAAAGCCAACAACCGCAAAUGCGCUUUCAAGGGCCGUCCAAAAACUCGCCAUCGCCGCUGACCUACCCGGAGGCGGCAUGGGCUGUCUCCGUCGUGACACAGGCAACUUCUUUGCCAUCACGGUGGGCUCCGAGAUGGCUGCCAUCACCCUCAACCACAUCACGCAGUACAAGACGCUCCACAGGAACUACACCGACAAUACCAAUAACUAUGACUACAUCAACAGCCGUGUGCGCGACGCAAGCGAGUUCCCAGACGCCACAUCUCUUGAAAUGCGAGAAUACACCGCCCACGCCAUCAGAGCCAUCCUGCGUGGAGCAUACGACGCCCAAGCUCAGCCGGGCUUGCCUGCAGAUACUACUGUCACAAGCACCGUUGUGGGCAUGUCCGCUCUGAACGCCCCGGGUCCCUCACAGCGCUCGCGUAACAAGCCAGCAGUCACACUGACCUCCGAUGAAAGGAAAGAGGUUGCUGAGAAUCAGGACGACCUCAAGGAGGCUUGUGAGGCCUGCACGUUGCUCUGGCCCUUUAAGGAAGGCAAGAGCAACGUCACCCGCCUCGAUGAAAAGUGCACUUUUGCCGGCGACCGUGAGGAAAUGCUUGCAGUUCGAGCCGCAUAUGAGGAAGCAUGUGAAACGCGAACAACCCUCAGUCGCAAGUACACCCGCAUUGCCGUGACUGCAAAACGCAAGGAUGCCGCCUCUGCCGCCCCUCUGCCCGUAACAAUCGCUCAGCGCUCAGCAGCAGUCCGCGAGGCAUGCCUUCCGUCCGCCAUUCUCUCGCUUGCUGUCAAAUCUGCCACCACCCACGAGGGGCAUAGUACUAUCCCAGCUUUUGUAGAUCCCGAUGACCUGCUGCACAGGCCGCUCCAACCGCCCCCCGUCCCGCUCACAGACACGUCCCCGGAGGCGUGGGCCUAUUGGCAGGCCCAGGUCGACUCGCUCGUGCAUGUUAUUGACCCGGACGACGUCGACGCCGAUCAGGACGCUGACGCUCAUCAGGACGCUCGUCAGGACGCUGCCGAAUUCAGCGCAUUGGAGAACCUCUUUGCCACAAACGACCACGCCAACAAUGACGCACCACCACUGCAGCCCAUCGGCGUCAAGUCGCAUUCAGCUCAGCCUGCCAAGCAACCGCAGGAGGGUGCGCGCAGCACGGUAGCUGGUACUAGCAGCUCCAUCUGCGUUGGCGACAGCAGCGAGGCUGACGACGACGAGUGGGACGACAGCAACGGGCUUCAGACUGAACCCUUGCCUAGCGGCGUCACAAUGGCCGAAGAUGAUUCAAGAGAACUUGAUGUCCUGCAGAUUGACCCUGACCUGAUGCGACAGCACCUUGCUCAAUUCAUCCUCAGGCCAAUCAUCGAGAAUGACGUUUGGCAAGGUUGGCUUAAGGAGUGCAAUGGCAAGUGGAUGUGCCCGCAGUGCCGGCAGUUUUACAAACACAUCCCCGAGGCCGCAGACUGUGUCUACGCAAACCGCAAAAACCUCCGCCGCCACAUGAUGACCCACACGCCGUGGAGCGACCUCGACCUGACAAUGUGA